AAAAGGAAGAAAAAAGCCUGAAAGUUUCUCUUGCCCCUAGACCAAAGCCUUCGGUUCUACUUUGUAAAUUCCUUUUCAAUGGAUGUCCGGCAAAUCUAAAAUCCACAUAGCAACCCGUUUUUUCUAUUCCCUUUUUUUGUUCUCUCAAUAAUGGACUCUCCUAACCCGCCUUCAAUGCGGGUUUUGACCCGCCCACCUCCGUCACCUGUACCCACUUCUUCUCCUUCGUCUUCUUCUUCGAAUCCCCCGCCUCCAACGCCGUCAUUUCCCCGUUCUCUCGACGGCGUCGUGGUGGUGGGCUUCGUAUCUCGGAGACCCGACGACUCUUCCCAGCUCAUUAACCGGGUUGUAGACUCCAACGUGUUCGGGUCAGGUCAGAUGGACCGGGUUUUGUCUAUCGACAAGGAUGAACUUAAGGAUUGGUUUAAGUAUAGGAGAAUUAGUUACUUUCAUGAGGAAGAUAAAGGGAUUUUGUUCUUACAGUUUUCUUCAAAUGGGUGCCCGGUUUUUGAUGGGUCAUUGAGUUCCGGGUCGGAUUUUGAUGGGGUUUUGGAGGAACGGGAGUUCGGGGAUCUUCAAGGCUUGCUUUUUAUGUUCUCUGUCUGCCAUAUAAUCAUAUAUAUUCAGGAGGGAUCUUGCUUUGAUACUCAAAAUUUGAAAAAAUUUCGGGUGUUGCAAGCUGCUAAGCAUGCAUUAAUCCCAUAUGUGAAAUCUCAAACAACACCACCAUUGCCGUCAAGGCCUCAUUCUUCUUCGUCUUCUCGCCCUUUGACAACAGCAACUGCUGCCAACACUUCUCCAGGUAGAAGUGGUGGCAUGUUGGGACGAAAUGCUUCAGCUAUCUCUGUCAUGUUAGGUUUAGGUUCCCAUACUUCUUUGUUUCCAGGUCAGUGUACUCCAGUGAUGCUAUUUGUUUUUGUUGAUGACUUCUCUGAUGUACCAAAUUCUAGUGCUAAUAGUAGUGAAGAGUCAGUAAAGGCACCCUCACUUAAUCAUGCUUCUAGUUCAAGCAGUUUAGCAAAGCCAGCCUUGCCUAUGAAAGGUUCUGCUUCUGUAGUAAUGUUAGCACGUCCUGCAAGUAAAUCGGAAGGUGGAUUUCGGAAGAAACUGCAGUCAUCCCUUGAGGCACAGAUCCGCUUUUUAAUUAAGAAAUGUCGAACACUCUCAGGUUCAGAAGGCAGCCAUGGUGGGUCAAGAAGUGGGAGUGUUUCAAAUUCAGCUCCUCUAUUUUCUCUUGAUGCAUCUAGGGCUGUUGUACUUCUUGACAAGUCAACAUGUAAGAGAAGGGAAUCUCUGGAGUUCGCCAUUGGUCUUGUGGAAGAUGUUUUGAAUGGAAAAGCAACGUCAGAUUCGUUUUUGCUCGAAACUCAUAGUCAGAGUUCAAACAAAGAGGAUCUAUCAUCUUUGAAGGAAUUUAUCUACAGGCAGUCAGAUAUUUUGAGGGGAAGAGGGGGACUGGUUGCUAACACCAACAGUGGCCCUGCUGCUGGUGUUGGUAUGGUGGCUGUUGCUGCCGCUGCCGCCGCUGCCUCAACUGCCUCAGCCGCCUCUGCGAAGACUUUGACCACCCCUGAACUCCCAACUUUAGAUAUAUGGCUGUCUUCUAGUCAGCUUAUUCUACAUGGGCUGCUCUCUGCAAAGCGUAGGUGUAUAGAUGAAACUGAAAUUGGUAAAAGAAAACCUCGUCGAGGUACCAUUGCUGGGCAGAGUGAAGGGCUUGCUUCUAGAAGCAGUGAAUCUCUAGAUAUUGCAGUAUCAUGGUUGGAAAGUGGUAAAGGGCUUAACACAAAGUUCUCUAGUUUGUGGUGUGAAAGGGCCCUUCCAGCUGCAAAAGAUAUUUAUUUGAAAGACUUGCCUGCUUGUUAUCCCACAUCACAGCAUGAAGCUCAUUUACAGAAGGCUUUGCAUGCUUUUCACUCGAUGGUCAGGGGACCUGCAGUGGAACUUUUUGCAAAGAAGCUGGAGGAAGAAUGCACGUCAAUGUGGGAAUCUGGAAGGCAACUUUGUGAUGCUGUUAGUUUGACUGGAAAACCAUGUUUGCACCAAAGACAUGAUCUUCAGACCGAUGAGUUGCCUUCAGGAACUUUGACGAAGCGUCAUUCAAGUGGAUAUGUCUUUCUUCAUGCUUGUGCUUGUGGUCGAACACGGCGAUUGCGGUCUGAUCCUUUUGAUUUUGAAUCGGCAAACAUUACCUCCAAUUGCUUUCCUGAUUGUGAUAAGCUUCUGUUAGCGCUCCAGCUACCAGAAGUAAGCAGCAAAGGACCAAUUCAGUCAUAUUCUUGGAGUUUGAUUCGUAUUGGCAGUUCAAGGUACUAUGAACCUUCUAAAGGCUUACUUCAGAGUGGGUUCAGUGCCACUGAGAAGUUCCUUUUAAAGUGGAAAAUACUUUUAGAGAAACAGAAAACCCCAAAUGGCUUAUCAACAAGAACUAUGCAACUAGGUUCUGUGGGUAGGUCAAGCAGCGAUUCUAAGCCUGAGUUCAAUGCUGAUGCUCAGUUAAAGAAGGCUAGUUCCACAGAGUUCUGUUCUGGAGAAAUCGAGACUGCUGUUGAAAAUCCAAGAAAACCCUUGGAAAUCAGCAAGUUCAAUGGUAACAAGAUCAGUUUUGGUAGAGGCCUUCCCAAUUUCACAAUGAAAAAACCUUUUUCAGAAGUUGUUGCUGGAUCAGCAGCUACAGAUUCAGGAUUCCCUCCUCUUCAGCAGAGGAAACAACCUUUAUCGGGGUCAGAAAAAGGAAUAAAGAAAAAUAAGGCAAGUGCACUGAGUUUGGAAGGGGCUCAUGCAACUGUUGCUCAAGGAUCUCAAAAACCUGUAAAGAUGUCUGUUAUGCAAAACAUGAAUCAAGUAAGUUCUGAUGGUAGCACAGCUGCAGAUAGUGACCCUUUUCUACGAAUAGGCAGUAAUUUUGUUCCUGUGAAUGUGAGCAAUGAUGAGAAGGCAAAACCAAACUCAGACACGAAGUAUGUGAUGGCAUAUGUUGGUUUUGAGCACGAAUGCCCACAUGGCCAUCGUUUCUUAUUGAACCCAGAGCAUCUCAAUCAACUUGGGCCUUCAUAUUCAUUGUUUGAAGAAUCUCAUACCGCUUGUUCGGUGGAAGCUUCAGACCAUACAUUGGCAGAUUCUUCAAAGUUGAGGAAGAAUGGUGGGCAGGGUAAAGUUAAUCUGAAUACAAAUGGUGUUAUUGCUGCUGCUACUCCUGUAAACAAGGUGAAAAACAAGGAUGAGGCAAAAAAGGUGGUAGCAAAUAGUAAUGUCUUUAAAGAUGGGCUGACACAGCUUUCUAUGCCUGAGGACCAUAAUAAGACACCUGUGAAUGCAGCAGGUGUGCCUGUCGCUGGAAAAGACCUUGAAAAAGGCUUCCAUGCUGUUAGCCUUGAUGAUAGUGGAUCCGCUUUCUCCAUGUUGAAUAGAGAUUUACCAAUAUACCUGAAGUGUCCGCACUGCAGGUCUUCCAGGAACAAAAAGGAACCACCUAAGGUUAAGUUUGCUGGCACAAUAUCACAGCUUCAGAGAAUUUUUGUGGUCACACCUCCCUUUCCUGUUGUUCUGGCAACUUGUCCAGUUAUACAAUUUAAGGCAUCUUGCUUGCCCGCAACGGUUCCAGACCGUGAGCAAAAGUUGCAGUUCAGCCUUGGAUGUAAAGUGCUCUUACCACCCGAGAGUUUUCUAAUACUGAGACUGCCAUUUAUGUAUGGUGUAGAACUGGAUGAUAAAAGUGUGCAUUCUCUGAAUCCCUUUGAAGAUAAACCCGAAGUUACUGGUUGGGUUGUUAUGGGCACAACAUUGCAACUUAUGUCCAAAGGAAGUGGUCUCAAUGAGGGAUUUUAUAAAUAGUCGGAAGUCAGAAUCUAGAAUGUCUAAAAUGGAGAUUUACGAACCAAUGAUGAGUCUGCCGAGGCGGAGUUGUAUGACCACCUGCAUCUAGACUCAGGUGAGGUUCAGGCAUUCAGAAAGAUUCUGGCUAAACUGUUAUUUUUUAACCUUUAAUUUACGAUUUGUUUUUGAAGUUUCCUAAAGAAAGAUUUCUGUUUUCUUUAUUUUUGAGCUAAUUUUUCUAAAGCAGCUGACUACAUGAGUUAGAAAGCACGUCAACAAAAAUGCGAUGCUGCAACUACUUUUCCUUUUGAAGAUGGUGCUGUCAAGUUAGAGCUUUAACAGCCCGAAAGUUGUUCUCUUAUAGCCGGUUGAUGUUUUGGUUUUGAGUUUGGCUCCACCUAAUGAGAGUUUUAAUAGGUUUUAACAUCCGUAAGUUAGUACUAGAGACUAAGAUUGGAGCUUAAUAUGUAGAAUGCGGAUAUCUCCUCUAGAACGAUCUCAAUUAAGUGUAUGAAAUUUAUUUUCGCAUAUGUAUUUGCAGGGCAACAAUAUUCAUGCAUUUGGUAAUUGGUGAAGUUGAUAAGAAGGCAAGAGUAAAUUGCAAAUGUUUAGUCAUUCUCAGGUGGCUGGUGCUCUCAAGUGGAGCUUCCCGGUGAUCGCUUGGUGGUUGGAUUGGUCUUUGGCCUUCAAGCAUGCUGUGUUGAUUUCUCGUUUUUUCGUUUCGUUUUUUGAGCUCAAAGAAUAGACCUCGGAACAAUGGAACAGCUUCAAAAAAUCCAGUUGCAGGCACCUGUUUUUGAUGCUUGCGGAAACUAGAAAUGUCAUGGUGGAGGAGUUUCAUUGUUGUAGACAAGGUGUUUGUCAUUUUGCCUGAAAUAAAAAGAAAAGAUAGAAGCUUGUGUUAAACCCCUGUUCAUUUAUUCCACCCCCAAAACACAAGGUCUAAAUAGGGGUAUUCAGAAACAAAAAUGUGCAAACAGGCAGAAUGAUGCACAUCCCUAAGCCCUACUGAAAAUAUUAGAAAAAUGGGUCCAAUUAGAUUAGAUUUUUUAAUUUUUCAUAUAAAUGGAAUUUUUAUUAUCUUAUUUUGACAAGAUAGAUUUUAUGUUAUUACUUUUGAACAUUAUUUAGUGAAGUUUUAAAUUUCUUUCCAUAAA